AUGCAGACGGUGAAGCAGAAAGGCUUCGUUGUGAUCUUUAACGAGGUUUACAAUCUCAAGGACUACGUGCGCAAGCACCCAGGUGGUGAAGACAUUCUUCUCAGCGUUUUCGGCAGUGAUGCCACUGUAACCUGUCCGCAGUCAUCGAUGCUACAUUGUUUAGGCACAUCAUGCAGGGAUCAGGGUUACCGGAUCUUACAUUUAUGCUGA